AUGGACGGCCCCGAGUCAUCCCAGGGCAAACGUGACCCUGCCUCUGGCCUCUCUGGCCCCUCCGGCCCCCAGUCUGCUGCUGCUGCUCCCCUCGGCGAAUUGAGCAAAGCAUUGAAAACGGGCAUCGAUGCACCCUCGGCGCAUCUGAACGCUACCUCGACCCUGUCCAACGCUCGUCUCCCAGCCUUCAGCACUCAUAAAGCGCCGGAGAACGCCACGCUCCCUCUGUACGUCCCCCGCUGGCACGUCCGCGCCCCGAGCAGCGGCUUGACGCUCGUCACCGAUCUCCCGCCAUCCACGACGUCGACCGCGCGCAACACGCCGAGCAACGUUUCCAUCGUGGCAGGCACAGGCAGCGAAGGGCUGCGCCAGUCAGCCACCGCGCCGAUCAUGAUAGACGAAAAGCUCCUCAGAACUGCACGGUCUAACAACAGCCUGGCUGGCUCCUUGUCGCCUUCCUCGGCCAUCUCCUCGCCAGCACUGAACGCGCUCGGUGACCUCACCCCGCUCCCUUCGCCGCUGGUCAUGGGCGACUCGCCCGGACCAUGGCAGAGGGCUGUAACGCGGCCCCGAGGACCCUCUGUCAGUUCACGCGAUGACAUGUAUCUUUCGUCCAACAGGGCCACCCUCUCUCCCUCGCCCUCGCUGAAGAAGAAGGGCUACCAGAGGCUGAAGACUGCCGGCGCAGAGGUUACCGAUGCGCGCAUACAGGCCCACCACAACAACGAAGCAGCCCGCGAAAGAAACCGCAGCAUCAGCGAGUAUACGCCUGACUCCUUGCACAAUCCCCGCCCACGGAAUGCUACCAUUAGCAAUGUCGUAGCUGAGGGUGACGCAACCAUGCAGCAACGCCUGCGCCGUGAACAAUACCUUGCCUCGCAGCGAGGCAUUGUGCCUGCCCAGGUCCCUGCCGGCCUGCCUACGCCUCCCCCCAGCAAUGCAAGCAAUCGAAGUGUCACAGACGAAGAAGACCAUGUCACAGAAGAUGACACUACCAAGUACAUCGCAGUCCGUCAUGGAUCCCCGCUGAAAAAGAAGCUUUGGCGUCCGGUCCGGCUACUCGGCCAGGGCACGUUCAGCAAAGUCUACCUAGCCACGUGCGAAAAGACGACGGCCAAGGAUCCACUGGAUGAAAAAUCGUUGGAUCUUCGUAAGCUGGUUGCCAUCAAAGUCGUCGAGCAUGGUCCUGCUGGCGGCGCCGAUGAGGAACGUGUCGAACUAAGUCUCAAGCGAGAAGUGGAGAUGCUCCGCUCAGUCUCACAUCCUUCUCUGGUUCACCUGCGCGCUUUCGAUCACAAUGAGGCCCAGGCUCUCCUGGUCUUGACAUAUUGCCCUGGUGGUGAUCUGUUUGAUGUAGCCAGCGACCACCGCGACAUCCUGAGCAUAGACAUCGUUCAGCGAGUGUUUGCAGAAAUGGUUAGCGCCGUGCGCUACCUCCAUGAGAAGCUGAUUGUUCACCGCGACAUCAAGCUAGAAAACGUCCUUCUCAAUGUUCCCGUUGCCACUGUACCUCUUCUCAAGCAUCCACAAUCUCAUCCGUACCCUAUAGCGACACUUACGGAUCUUGGCCUUUCUCGUCGUAUACCAGCUGCUCCAGAGUCCCCUCUCCUGACAACAAGAUGUGGCAGUGAAGACUAUGCUGCACCAGAGAUCCUGCUAGGCCAGCCAUAUGACGGCCGCUCCACUGACGCUUGGGCACUUGGUGUACUAUUGUAUGCUUUGAUGGAGGGUCGCUUGCCCUUUGACCCACCACCGGGCAAAGUGGGAGCACGUAGCAGGGCUGCUCACCGCAUCGCCAGGUGUGAUUGGGUUUGGGUCAAGUUUGGCGACGAUGACGGAGAGUGGGAUCCCGAGAAGGGCAAGGAGUGGGCUGGCGCUCGAGAGUGCGUCGAGGGUCUGCUGAAGAAGGUCUCUCGUGGCCGUAAGAGCCUCGAAGAUAUCGAGAAGAUCGACUGGGUCAAACAGGGCAUCCAGGUCGAUGGCGGCUUGAGGAUGAGGAUCGAAGACGACGAGUCCAACGACACAACGUCGGAACUACCUACAAGGUAA